AUCCAGAAGAUGUGUAUCAACUUCAGAGGAGAGAGUAAAAUUACUUUCUUAAGGUAUCAACUGACUGUGAACUGAACAUAAAAAGUAAGCAAACAUUAUCAAUUAUAAAAUUCUUUUAAUGAGUAGGAAGCUAAAAAGAUGUUAUCAACUGAUGAGUCUGCAAAUCAAAUUGCAAGAACAACAAUGUACAUAGGUGUAUUUUGGUACUUUUGCAUCCACUGUAUCUCUUCUUUUGUAACAUAUAGUACAUGUUGCUUUAUUAAGAAACAGAAAUGUUCUAAUUUUUAAUGAUAAUGUAUUUGUGUCUUAGGUCAUGUAUUCUACCUGGCAGACAAGGCAAGAAUGGUGAAUCAUCCCUUCUGCAGCUGUACAGGCCUACACUACAUUUUGAUUUCCACAAUAACAAUACUGAUUUAUUCUUUUUGAGUAUUUGUGUGCAAAAAUAUUUUCAGUUACUUAAAGAAUAUUCUCUGAAAACCAAAUUAAAAUUUGUCUUUCACUCACACCAUAAAACAAAGUUCAUAUUUAUUGUCUUAAUCUUGAAAAAUAAAAUAUUACAAUUGCUUAAUUAGCUCAUUAUUUUAUUAAGAUUGUAGGAGCAAGACUUAUGUAAAUUCAUAUAUCACAUAUGAGUUAAUGUCUGCUAAAAAUUCUCAGAUAUUCUUAGUAAUUAAAAGUGAAUCUUGAACUUUCUAAAUCACAAAUUUCAUAGCUGAUGAGAAAUGAAAGGAAAAACAUGUUAAAAUGGAAAAUAAUAGAUGAGAGAACUUGUAUAUCCAUCUCAGUAUGUACUUAUGUGGGCCCAGGAAAUCCGUGAAGUGCCCCUGGCAUUAGAUGCCAUCCUUGGUGUAAAGCCUUCACUUUUGUCACCUUCACAUGUAUUAUCUUGUACUGUCCACUAUCUGUAUUAUUCUGGGAGAAGAAAUCUGAAAGUUCAAUAUUCUAUAUUUUAUUUAAGAAUAUCUUUGGCCUUGCUUGUCAUAUGUGCAUGAGCUCUUUAAGUAUAGCUACACAUAUUUGAAAUGUGUAUCAUGAAUGAACUUUUAAAAGGCUUUGUAUAACUUUUCUCCGUAAAAUAAUUAUCAUCUUAAAUAUUAAUGCUGCAUAUAUCUGGCUAUUCAUAAUAUUCUUUACCAUUAAAUUCUGUCAUUUAAUUGAAUCCUAUGAUAAGAAUUUACAGAAAAAAUUGUUUUGUUGUUGUAGGUCAAAAUGCGUCUCUGCCUUCUCAGCAGCAUCUUAACAUGUAUUUACAUGUUACUGUCCUGUUCAUCUCUGCCAAGUGUCACCUGUUAUCGUCAGAAAGUCAUUGACUCCGAGUACAUGCCUCCUGCUUCAGGCUUUAGGGUGUGGGAAAACCGGUAUGCAGUUGAGCCAAGUUGCGAGGAGCUGCGAGCAAUGUGGCAUUUCUCAAAGAGGCAGUCCCGUGCUUCAGAAAUAACCAAUGAGGUACCAACAUACAGAGAUCCUCUGGCGUAUAAUGUAUGGGAACCUUAUGCGCGCUCUAGGAGCAUUGGUGGUGGUGUGCUCACUCGACCAGGGCGGGGCCACAUUUAUGGAAAAGUUGUUUAUGCAAUGCCUGGGUCUGUCACCUACCAGUCUCGACCAGAGAGAUUCCGUGCAUUUGAGGAGGUGGCAAAGAUGCUUGUCAGUUCACGAAGAGGUGUGCCACAGAGGAAAGUCACAGCCUUCCGUUACUCUCGUGGUCGGGUUCCGUACCAGGAUAUCCCUGCUCAGUAAGAAAUAAUUAAUGUCUGGUGUCUGAAAUAUGUAGAUGUUAGUUACAACUGUUUUUACUGCUACUAGGGACUCACAGAGCUGGAGCUGUCUGUUAUUUUUCUUCUGCGUGUAGUUAUUAUGAAUAAUUUUUUGUACAUGCUUUCAGCGUUUCACUAAAUUGUUUAUUAGAACUUCUACUGAGUUAACUGCAGCUUACAUUUUAUGGAGUAAAAGCGUGUAGUUCAAAUCUGAGCUGCACAGUGUGAAAAGUAUGUUUUUGGCAAUGAGCGUCAUUUUCCUGUGCUGCAAAUUUACUGCUGCACUUUUAACUUAAACUCUUUAUGAAUGAAAGGGCAAAUGUGUACUUUGUAGUAUGCUUGAAGCUUCCACGCUAUGUGUCAAAUGUUGCCCUAAGCUAAUGUUGAACAAAAGACAAAUUAAUAACAAUCAUAUCAUUGAAUCCCAAGAAAAAGAUCUAACAUAUCUAAAAACUCUUCUUCAAUGCCAGACAAUAACAUUGCAAGAACCACGCAUCACACACAGUGUUUUAAUUGUAAUACAUUUAUAAGUAAUCUUAAAUUUGGUUGUGGAAUCAGGGUAUUGUGUUUUCACUUUUAACUAAUGGAACAAAACUUUAUCACUUUUGUUAUAAAAUGAAAUGUUUCCUUUGCACUAAAAUGCCACGUUUUCUUAAGUGAACACACUUUACACUGUGUAAGUUGUCAUGAGUGUACAUAUUUUUUACGCUGGUUUGAUGUGUGGUUCUCAUGAUAAAAUUCAUUUGUUUCAUUUUACUCAUAUUGUCCUCUCAGGUAAAUUGAAAUUACAGACUUACAUAUUUGAUAGCUGCAGCUACAUAAUAGAGAACAGGUUUUUUGCCCAAACAUGUAAUAUGCAAAUAUGUGACUACAAAACAUAUCAGAAAAUAUUUAUUAAUUUCUGAAAUGUGAUUUUUGAAAAGUUGAUAAUAAUCUUAUCACGACUUGGCUGUUAUAAGGCUCACAAAUGAGUCCCAAAAUCUGUGUCUUCCUAAAUGACAAUAUCAUCUAUGACAAUAAUUACUACUAUAUGUCAAUGUCAAGUCUUUUGACCUCCAGGAUUUACUUUUAGUAAGCAAGUUUUUCUUAAUCUUGGCAUAUCAGUUUUCUGUUCUAUAAUGUAAGACCUGCAUAAGGAUGUUUGUAGAUAAACUUUAUAAUUAAGAAUUUAUUUCUUUAUUGCAUUUUAUGAAAAACUGUGGAAAGAUUUUCAUAGCGCAUUUUGGUCAAGUGUAUAUCCAUAUGAAAUAUA